GACCUACCAUAGCCUACAGGACACUUUUGGGACAAACUUCAAACUGUCUAGCCGUUGUUGUGUGCCCCAUCCGACGGGGCGGAGGGAGGAUACGGGCAGGUGCCGGUGGCUCGCCGCAGUCUCAAAUCGUCUGGUUCUCGGUGGGGGACCUGGUUAUCAGGGCUCAAGCAUCAGAACCCGUCAGAGGGGCGUGCUGCGUGGGUUAACGGUGGACAACACAGUGUUUGACAGGGUGCCACGGGAGAGGGGGAGAGAGAUGGGGAGUGAUAGAGAGAGGGCGGGUUAGGUGAGAGAACACUCCUACCGGCUCACCCGGCACUGCACUGCAGCAAAGCUGUCACUCGUGGCAACAGAUCGCCCAGCCCCAAGCCUUGUCACCCCAAAGAGAGAGUAUCGCGCUAGACAUCCUGUAAUCAGUGAACAUGCGACAUCCCUGCUCGGGGCUUCCUUUGCCCUGACGCAGUCCUCUAAUCAACCACUUGCGUAGGUCAUAGGUAAAUUGAGAGCAGAAUGAGCCGGCACAAGUCAUCCAUGAGGGGAGCGGUCCCAGCACAGAGUCUAGCCCAACCCCCCUCCCCACACACACAGAAACCACAGCAACCCCACCACGAGCCACCGUGCGCCCUACGUCCCCGUAGUUGCCACACCUCCCCCAACGCACACAUGUGUGGAAUUUCGCCGGCUGACUAUAGGGGAACAUGGUUUUUUUUUCAGAGAAAAAACGGCAUAGCCUAGGUGAAAGAGAAAGGCACAGAUGAAAAAAGAGAGACGUCAGGGUGUUUCUCUGUGGGUGCCUCUCCUCCUCUCUCUGUCACGUGGUGUGGGGUGCUGGCCAAUCUGUACAAUGCAGCAUCCAGCCCAACCCCAGAAUCUGAAUGCGGCGCGCAUGGCACAUUUAUAUACGGCUUAAAUUUCAGCAGCAAGUCUUGGUCGCGAGUAGAGCUCAGGGUUGCAGCAGAGCAUCUGCCCUUCUCCCCCCUUUCCAUAACAACAAAAAAGCAUCCUCCAUCUCCCUUUUGUUUCUUUUAUUUCUCGCCGAUCCAGAUCAUUUGAGGCCACUUGCAUGCAUUGUUCGUCUCCAAAAAUGGUUUGCGAGACUAAAAUAGUAGCGGAUGAGCACGAUGCCAUACCCGGGACAAAAAAAGAUUCUAUCAUUGUUUCCUCGUCACAAAUGUGGACUUCCACGCCCGCGCCGGCUACCAGCGCGCUGGAGAGCAAGGAGCCGCGGGGAGACGCGGUCUUCAUUCGGGAGUUCGAGCGUACCGACCACAGUGAAGUGAGGCGCAUCUUCUGCGAGGGUAUCAUGGAGCGGAUCCCGAAUACGGCCUUUCGCGGGCUACGGCACCAGAAUCAGACCCAGUUUCUCUACGCGAUGCUUACACUCAUGUGCUACAUGGUGACCAAUUCCCUCGCGCUGACCUGCUGUACCCCCUUCCUCCUGAUGGGGGCGCGCUACUACUACAGCCGCAAGGUCAUCCUUGGCUACCUGGACUGCGCGCUGCACACCGACAUGGCGGACCUCGAGGCCUACUACAUGAAGCCUGCAGGCUCUUGCUUCUGGGUGGCCAUGCUGGAGGGGCGCAUAGUGGGCAUCGUGGCAGCGCAGGCCCAUGAAGACGACAACUCGCUGGAGCUGCGCCGCAUGUCCGUGGACUCGCGCUACCGCGGCAAGGGCAUCGCCAAAGUACUGGGCCGCCGCGUGCUGGAGUUCGCCAUGCUUAACAACUUCUCGGCUGUUGUCCUGGGUACCACCGCCGUCAAGAUGGCGGCGCACAAGCUAUACGAGUCACUAGGCUUCCGGCAUGCCGGCGAGAGCCAGGACCACACGCUUCCCGGCACGCCGCGCUCCACACUCCAGAGUCUCUUCUUCCAGAUCCGUUACCACCGUUACCGGCUGCAGCUCCACGAAGAGUGAGAUGGAAAGAGAGAGAGAGAGAGAGAUAGCAGAGAGGAGAUAUGAGACAGAGGGUCAGAAAGAGAGGGGAGGAAAGAGAGAGAAAAGGAUAGUACAAGUCUUCAGGCAACGAUCUUUGGCUACCCCUCCACCAGAAACCCUCUUUUUUCCCCAGAUCAUUUCUUUUAAUUUUAUAUUUGAAAAGAAAAAAAUAGCAUUGUGAGUAUUCAGGCAACAAGCAGUAGUACUUCUGUACAUUUAGAUCACUUGAUGUUAUAUUUUUUCUUUCUCUUUGUUUUUGUAUAUUUUGGUUUUCUUCUGUGGAACAAAUGGGACCCUUUUCCUUUUAAUUGCACUUGUGUUUUUUCCCUUCCUCCUUCCGCCAUUCGAUCCCCCAGCCAUUCAUCCAAGCUUCACCCCUCAUUUGGAUCAUCAGCAUUCCACCCAACCACUCACUUCCUCUUGUGGAAGAUUCCAACUCCCGACAGAAAAAGCCUUGCACGCGGCCCACCCAUCCUAUCUGUCGGCCAUUUUCUUUUGGCUGUUAGAGAGUGGGCAGACCACCACCACCACUCCUGUGGCAUUCCAUCACCAUGGCGAACAUUCUUGAGCAGUCAGGGGACAGUUGGUUGCCCCUGCAGCCACGAAUGGGGGCCGUGACUGAAGCACAGCAAGUCAUUCAUAAAUGUGUGUGUGUGUGUGUAAAAGGUGAGCGUGUAUGUGUGAGGAAGAGGGACGAAGGUAAAGUUAGGAGUGUAAAGCGUUUGUGUUCCAGAACUCUUCCUUCUCGUCCAGAGGCUCUUCCUGCCACUCGGCAGGUCACAUCUUUUUGAAAGGCUCGCGUUUUUUUAAACCUCCAUUCCUCUCCCAUAUUACAGUUUUCAUUCAUCCUUUAACCCCCCACCUUCCCCUGUCCAUCUUACGCCCCGGUGUAUUCUAAUUUUAUGUGUAUGUGUUAAUGUGUAGCAAAAUAAUCGAAACACCUCCCAAUUCCCCUCACAGAAUAAGAAUGUUGAGAGCUUAGCGGAGCUAGCAGCUGGUAUAUCACACUCAGUCUCCUCUACUCUCUAACUGUUAUGCAGCAGUGGAAGAUGCACCUGUAUCUAAGAGAUGUGUAAGAGUAAGGACUAUCUCAAUACUAAUCUCAGCAUUUCUGUCUGUGUUCUCCAUCCCAGGCACAGUCACAUGUCCUGUGGAGACAGUUAAAAGCAGAGCAAACACCUACAAUCAACUGUGGGCGAUCAGUUGAUUGGGCGGAAAGGGCUUGAUAUGUGGCCUAUCUGUGUUCUCUUUUUAAUAGAAACUGUUCGAUAUCUUUCCGGUCAAGCCAAGUCAAAUUUCGACAUACACUCUGCUCUUAGAGAGAGAGGAAACAUAAAUAUUUUUCUCCCAUACACACAUGCACACACAUAUUCAACAGAAAAUGUGUGAUUCAAAUGAAGAGCUAAACUCAUAACUGCAGCCAUCUGUAUAAUUAGAGGUUAGGUGAAUUUUUAUGACUCGUUUUGAUAAUUUUGUUUUAUGGAAAUUUUUCGAAAUUUGUAACUGCAUUAAUAUAGGAGAACGCUGAUUUCCUGAUUGAUAUUGCUAAAUUUAAAAGCAAUAUGUUUAAAACUAAACUAUAUACACUUAAAAUAUUUCACACAAAGUAUUUGAAAAUGACAAAAAGUUAGCUAUUGAAAAAAAGGCUUGGACAGAAAAGUAUUAAGAAUAUUUGUGUCUUGAAAGGCAUCUGAGCACAAAAUUUGUGAGUAAUUUGGAUAUAUGACAAAUUAUACUUAAUAUAUAUACACAAUAUACCAAUAUUUAUAUCCAUAUAUGAAUAUACAUGUAUGUGUAUGCUGUGAAAAUGCAUAUCGCCAUAAUGUCUCUCCAUAUCCAAACAGAACCAGCAAUGGGAGAGAUUCAACACAAGCCUCAUUUGUGACAUACUCUUGUACAAAGUUACUAAACCUGAAAUGUGAUAAUUAAUAAGAAAUAAUAAUAAAAAAGAACUAAAAAAAACUUUGCGUAGAAGUACAAAAAGUGGUAGUGCAAGAAAACUACAUGACCCUGCAGACCUUCCCUGACUUGACUUCUGUCCACCCCCCCUCCUCCUCCUUUAAUCCGCCCCCCAUUCCAUGAAUCUGACUGCAACCCUGAGCUAGAAAUUCAGACUCCCCACCUUUGCCCCCACCCCCCAUACCUGCAUGCCCCCCCAUCCAGCCUUGCUGUGCUGCUUCUAUUCACCUGAGCUCGUUGCCCACCCCCAUUGUGUUCUCUCUGUGAUGUCAUCGCCGCAGUGUAAGCACUGUGGCCCAAUCAUGUAACCACAAAGGGACCGGGGGGCGGGGCUUGUGUGUGGGAUUUUGGGGUGGAGCCUGACCUAGGGAGGGGCUAAGAAAAAGAGGGGACAGGAAACACACGUUGCUGAUCUGCCACGAUGACAUCACGGCCAGCAAGAGUAGAAUGUGAAAAAAAGCAAUGCAAGUGUUUUUGGCAUGUGUCUGUGCCUUGUGUGUACACUGCCUGCCCUGAUGACGAAAAUUAACCAAUGUCUAAAAAAAGAGGAAAAACAACAUGAAAAGCUUUUUUCUUAUCUGAGCAUAUAAACAAACGUGUGUGUUUAUUUUUUGAGAAAAAAAAAAUUACUGUUACUGUAAAUUACUGCAUGAGAACACGUCUUUGAGAAGUGAAUAAGGAAGACUACCAACCCUAGCUCACGAGAAAGUCUUAACAGUGGAACGUUUUCUCUUUUUCUUUCGUGGUCAUCUCAGUUUACUGUUGCUGUUUCAGGCCCUUAACAAUGUAAGUGUGUGUGUGGGGGGCUUCACUCACGGAGUAAAAACAUCCAGAGAUCUUUGUUUCUUUUCCGCUAAUCUCACUGUAGCAUUUCAUUUCUUCGUUUUGGUAAAUCUGGCAUUCAGCAUUAGAUCAGAUUAAAACAGAUUAAUCUGAUUUGAAGAUGGCAUAAUGCGCACACACACGCGUAAUCGCUUACAUCACCCCUCAAAACAGAAUUCCACAGAGUAUGCCCUUAGCACUGGCUGGAAUUAGAACUGGAAUUCUCACCAGGUCCAGUAGAAUGUGUAGUUACAAACUGAGCCAUAGGUUUUGCCACUGGACUAAGAAAGCACCAACCCCCCUUAGAAAACCACUAGGGAAGAGUUCUUUACCACGACUCAAAACUAUCCCCAAGGACAUGCUCCUCAGAUGUAUCCUUUCCUCUUAAGUUAAGACAUAUCGCUGACACAGACAACUCCAAUGGCACUGAAUUGGGAGAGAAACAGAGAAUCUUCUCACCUCCGAUCUGCACAACUGUCAGUUCUGUAUCAAAGAACCUUUUGGGGGUAGAGGCUACCUCAGAGGGUCGGCCCAUGUGAAUGUAGAAAUUGAGAGUAGAACAUGUUUAAGGGUCCUCGGGGGGGAAAACAGAUGACAAACAAAGUGAUGCCACUGGUUGUCAUAUUUGGAUGUUAUACAUGCCUGCCUUGACUGCAAACCGUUGUCUGUCUCUUAAAAAAUGGAAUUUAAAGGGUAGAGAUUUUUUUGUGGGAAUCCCUGUGUUAGCAAGGGAGAGAUGUCUGUACAGAUGUGAAGUAAUUCAGCAAUGUCCUAUGUUAUGAUCAGUACGAACACUAAACCCAACAGCCAUGCCUACCCCACCAAAACUCAACAAAAUGAUGGCGAGGUAGCAUUAGAAUGAACACAGAUUGGCUUGAGCUUCGUCACCUUUGAGCAUGUCUAGUAACCCCCUUUUCAAAGGUUGCAGAGGAGAGAAGAGUAAAUGAGAAGAAGGAUAGCCUUCAUGUAAAUGUCGGUUGUGCACUAACCCCAUAUCAGCUUGUUUUUUUUUGUUUUCAUUGAGUCAGUUCAGAGCAAAAUGAUGGGGAGUCGCACGGGUCAAGCCAGUUUGAUAGGUGUCAGUGUUAAAUGGAGCACUUUGAUUAGCUGGGCCUCUUUGCUCUCAGAGAAUGUAGGCGGGGCUGUUGCAUGAUCUUGGCAAGAUGGAAGUCUGAUCAUCUGACGAAAAAUUCUGUUUCAUUCUUUCUGUCUCCCAGUGGCUCUGUUCAUCUGGAGGCCCGAAUGUUUUCUUUCCUCUCCGGCCUUUCUUUUAUUUCCUGCUAUCAAUGAACUGAUGAAUGGAAAUGCAACAAAAGGAAACACUUGAAAGAGCAGCUGAGAACUACCCCCUUCUUUUUGCGGAGCACAUGAAAGAAUGGCUAUUGUGUGCAGCUGCUGUAGUCCUCCUGACUGAGAGAGAAGAGAGAAGGACAGACACUAAAAUGGACCUCAGUAACGUGCUAGAGAAGAUGGCUGCCACUGGAAUGUUCCAUUGUGAGAAUGUGUGGGGGGUUUAAGAGGGGGAGGCCUCACUGCUGGUUCAGCAAGGCUGCCCUACGUUCCCCACCUCUGGGAACAACAGGAUGGUACAACUGGACAUGCCAAAAUGUGAAACCUUUUCUCUCUGUAUCUCCCUCUUUCUUUCUCUCUCUCCCUCCGUUUCUGACUUUCCAGAUGGAAAGCACCCUUUCAUCUACAGCUGCAGGUGCCAAGAUUGCUGAAGCACUUGUAGCACAAAAAAACGUGUCUUCAUAAUGAUUUUGCUUCAUAGGUUAUUUUUUAAAAUGGUGACUGCUUUUUUGCUAAUCUUGUACUAUAUGCAUCUGUAUGUAAAUGAAUGCUCAUAUAUAUUGUAUUACGAUGAUUUGUGUAUUUCAUUUUUUGGUCUUUUUUUGAAGGAUGUAAUUUGCCAAAGGUGAGGGAUAUUUGCUGCAUUUUCUUUUUCCACUGUUCUGUCUUACAAGUGUGCGAAGCGUUCACCUGCUCUUGUGCCCAGCCCACGUGCCAUCUUCUCAAGCAAUAAAAAGACCCACACCAACCAACCCUGAGGUUACAAAACACAAAAAAAACCCCAAAUAAGUAUGCUGCAUCGUUGUUAUAUCCCAUAAUACUACACAUGCCUGACAGUCGCUGUAAUGCUAUUAUUGUUGGCAUGGCAACAUCACCAUGGGCAAGUGAAGGCCUGAUUGGUUGUAAUUGUACAAUGAUCUUUUUCUUUUCUUUUGUAUUAUCAUUGAUUUUUUCCUAACUCUCUGACAACAUACCCGAUGUCUCUUUUUUUUGUUGUUUUGGGGAUUCAUUCUCCAGUUUAGUGUGUGUUGCACAGGCUGCCAGGCUCCUUGGCGAAUAGACCUAUCCUCCUUUAACUACAGGGAGGGGGUGGGGGUGUCUGAAAGCUGUCACCGUUCUGAGCUCUGACUGGUCAGUUUCAUACAGCCCUCUUCCAAAUCACUGGGAGUGGAGCAUGACACAAAACUAAUCUCACAGUAUUGAUCACUAUGGAUGAAAUGCAAGUAAGACAAUAUUUUCCCUCUAUGCUGCAUCUCAAUAGCUCACAAAUACAAAGCUUUUAUGAUUUUUUGGCAAGAAUUAAAACAUAUUACUUUUUUAUUCACAUUUUAAUAAAUGUAAAGUUGUAAAGUGUAUUUUACUGUAAAUAGCAUCUGGGGGAUAUUUUAUGGUCCUUUUAUAACAGAAACUAUAUUGAGAAAAAAAAUUAGCCUUAUUUUAAAAUGUUUACAAAGAAGGGAAAAGAAACAAACCACAUUUAGCAGCUGCAGCUACUGGCAGACUUUUUGAGCCAGGUGAGGCUAACUGAAUUUAAAUCUGAUCUGCUCAAUCUGGUCACAGCUUUCAGGUCCCCAGUCUGUUCUCCAAGCUUCAGGCUCAGCACGGGCCUUCGUUAGCAUAAAUGCUAAGCGUCAUCCAACUGAAAACAAUGAGGGAUGUUAGCGGCUAUGCUAAUGGCUAUAAGGCCCCUGCUCUACCGUAGAGCCUAUCGAAGGCUUCCCCCUAAUCAUCUCUGGGUUCUGACCUUGUGGCCUUCGUUGGUCACCAGGGAAACAAAAACCCAUGAAAAAGCACAUAGGGGAAAGGUAUGCAGCCACACGAGGGGAUGACAGAUGUGUGAGUGUGUGUGUUUGUGUGACUGAGAGAGUGUGUGUGCGGGGAUGGGAUAAUGACCCCCUCGUGUAGUUGCAGGGGGAGCUGGCUCUCUGAGGCGGUUGUUUGUAUUUACAGGUGUAAAACAUUCCCCCCCCCCGUUAUUUCUACUUGUUUUCUCAAUUACACUUUCUUUCUGGAUGUUUCUUUGAGAACUGCUGUAAUUUCAGAUUAAAAACAUUUCCUCCUUACCCUCUUUAGUUGAAUGAACACACAGGAAACAUUGUAAAGAUGUAAAGAACAGAUUUCCUGCAUUAUGAAAGAACUGGAUGUACAUAUUGUAUCAAUUAAAACAACACAUACAGCUUGAA